CACACUUUAUGAAUACACUAAAUAGCAUUAAUCUUCAAAAGAGCUCCAUUUACCUUUCCAGAGAAACCGACCGGGGAAAGUGCAGCAAAGAACGUUUGGCCCAGCGUUGACCCACCUACUGCAAGACUAAAGCCAUCUUCCAAGCCUGGACUCUCUCUGGAGAAGAGAAUGAACCGAGAGCAGCGGAGGUGGCACGUGCUCACCAACGAGCACAACCGACUCACGUUUGCCGUGAGUGACGAGGAGGCCAAGUUGAACAAGCUGCGGGAGUCACUGAAAGCGAAGAGCGUCCAGCCAACGGACCACAACAAUGAAGAGGCAUUCAAGCAGCGCAUGCGGCAGCUGGAGAACAACAGAGACAAGAGGAAGAUUAAGUUCAUAGAGGCUUCAGAAAUCCAGACGGCCUAUCAACACAUUCGUGAACACCUGGAGCAGGAGGUCCGAGGUAUGUUCGUGGUCAUGGACCAGAAACGGCAGGACGUUGCUGCCGGACAGGCGGAGGUGGACAGAGUGACCAAACAGUUCCGGUCCGCAGCAGCUGCUGACAGACCCCUGACAAGCAUGGCUCAGACGCAAGACGGGACAAUGGCGAGGAAACGAGAAAUGGAGAGCGAGCUUUGCAAACUGAGUGCAGAAGAAAAGGAACUGAAAAGGCAAAUGGAGUCACUGGAGCACCUCAGCCCCGCGGUGCAAGGCAGGCAGAAGGAGCGGGAAAUUAAAGAAGAAGAAGAAGAAGAUGCACCCUCGGUUCCAGUCGCAGAUCAUCAGUGUUUUGACGUCUGUGGUGCUUCCCAGUCUGACGUGAAGCUGGUGGAGGACAUGGAGGCUCUGAAAGAAGCUCUGGGCUACACUGAAGUGCAGGAACUCGUGGACAAAGUGGCGUCACAGCGAGCCACCAUGGAGCAGCUCUUCGCCGAGAUAGGCCAGUACGAGGACUUGACCAGGCAAGAGGCCAAGACCCUGGCUGAGCUGGAGCUCCAGUACGCCGAACUCCAGUUCAGUGCCAAACCUGCAGCGACAAGGGUUGAAAUGCAGGCCGAGGUGAAUCAGGAAGUGGUCCGUGUUCAGCGACUGCAGGCCGAGCUGACGCACUUCCAGGACCUGUUGGACACGGUGGAGCGGGGGGUCAAGAACCUCUACUUUAGGAUGAGCUGCGUCUUCGUGGAGGGGCUGCCCAGAGGACCCAGGGCGGACUGCACAGACCCACUGGGGGACGUCAGGGCCCGCAUGCCAACAUUACUGCGAAGAGCAUCGGAGCUGGAAACUAAGAUCUGCGGCUCGGACCAGGAGAAGACGUCGCCCAGCUUGGGUCUGAGCGGCAGAAGAAGUCCUUGAGCCAGCGGAACCUCACGGCCGGUUUGAUCCGGGUAACGAAAUAAAGGAGAGGAAAGCAAGAACGCAUUUGGUUCGCUGGUUUGUUUGAUGUCUCACUUU